GCAAAGUGAACCAGCACAAGAAGUCUCUGAUCCUUCUGACACACCCUUUUGUCCUUCACCAACAGAUGGAUUCUACUGCAUGGCCGUUUGCCAUGGGAGGAAGAGGUAGAAAUGGAUCCCUCCAUGUCCCAUCCACCCACUCUUUCAUGUUACUGCAGUCAUGUCCUUUCUGGGGAAUGUUACCGCAACCCAAAUUAUCAGAGAGCAUUGCCCCACCACCAUGGAGCAAGAAACAUGGUCUCCAAGCUUCCUUUCCCCACCUUAAAGGAGGCAGUGGUUGAAUGAGAAGGAGAUAGAGGAACUCCUCCUUCCCCUUGCAGCUCUUUGCACUGUGAAUGGGGAGGCACUCUUGCUGCUACAAGCAGAAGCUGAGGAAAGGGUUGUGGUCGCCGGACGAGGAUGAGAAGCUUGUGAAGCACAUCACGGAGUUUGGCCAUGGCUGUUGGAGCUCCGUCCCCAAGCUAGCAGGUCUUCAGAGGUGCGGCAAGAGCUGCAGAUUGAGGUGGAUCAACUACCUGAGGCCUGACCUCAAGAGGGGCACCUUCUCGCAGCAGGAGGAGGACCUCAUCGUUGAGCUCCAUGCAGCUUUGGGCAACAGGUGGUCUCAGAUCGCGGCGCGGCUGCCGGGAAGAACGGAUAACGAGAUCAAGAACUAUUGGAACUCGUGCAUCAAGAAGAAGCUGAGGCAGAGAGGGAUCGAUCCGAGCAGCCACAUGCCACUGUGCGAGACGGAUGGAAGAGAAGAGCGAGAAGCCAUGAACAGCGACAAGACCUCUGGAUUCAUCUCCGUGGUGGCGAGCAACCAGAUCGAGAGCGAAGAUCCAGCGACGCCCAGCAAAGAAUUCUUGGUAGAUCAGCUCGACCGAUGCGCUCCUCUGGUCGGGCCAUCAGCUCCUCAGAAUCCGCCUCUCUGGUUUAGCCAUCACACCAGGCUGCAAGACCUUUUUCCAUCGAUCUCAAGCUCGAUCCUCUCGUCGUCAGGGGAGGUGAAACCCAUGACGAGUCUCCCACAAGUCAGCUACUCCCUGCCGGAAUUCCACUACCUGGACACGGGCAAUUCCACAAACAACAGCGCGAACACCGCGGACAGCAGCAACGAGUUCGAGUUGCAGAGCAGUGGUGGUAAUCUUUUGGACAGCGGCAUCUUCCCAUGGUCCGAACUUUUGCCCAACAAGGGUGCCCAAAUCCAUUUCGACGGCGAGCCGCAGGAUCUCAAGUGGUCCGAGUACCUCAACGGUACCAUUGCACCGACAGCAGCGGCCCACAGCCAUGGCCAAGGCUUGAGUUCUUGGCAUGAGAACCAGCAGCCACAACCUUCUGAUCCUUAUCUUAAGAACUGAUGCAUUUAGCUUCGAUCACAAGUGUCAGAUUCAGAACCGAGUCAAGAAAAAGGGAAGGAAUUCUUUUGACAUGUAUGUAAAUAGAUGUUUAUGAUACAAAACUUUGAGUUCUGUUUGAGUUCGAGUAGUCGUGCAGACCAAAGCUUGUCAUUUCUGUGUCAUCUCACCUGUGUUCUUCCUCCAUAUCUUGUAGCAUGCUUGAGGCUAAGAUAGGUUAAUGUUUGCUCGAGUGAAGCUUCACCACCAUGAAAGCGACUCAGUCAGCUACGCUUCGGUUUCAAGGCUCUGAGGUGAACGUGUAGUAACAUCAAGUGACAGAGGACAUGAAAUAAAGAGUUGUUGCAGGCAGCCACAGGUGGGUGGACGGUGACCACCAAACUUCCACCACCCGUAAGCACAGACAUUACCUUAAAGUCCACAAAUGAAGGGUAAGUAUGAGAAGCAUUUCUUGGUGGAGUCUUCCUCCUUACAACAUGGAGUUGGUGGAGAUUUAAGGAAUCAUUUAGAACAUUUGUCUUUGUGGAGUCCAUGUUUGAGGAUUCAUCAUUUGGCUUGUGGUUGGUUGCUCUUUUUGUGUUCCAUUAAGACUUCAAAGUUCAAAUCUAGUGGAAAGUUUUCUU